UGAACAUGGCAUUUAAAGAUCUUACAAAGAUAACUCUAAUAGUCGCUCUUUUAGCAAUUUGUUGUAACGCCACCACGGACCAUAAUAGCACAGUAGUACUUAAUCGUGGUAGCUUUCCUCCUGGCUUUAUUUUCGGAGCUGGGUCAUCAUCUUAUCAGUAUGAAGGAGCUGCAAGUGAAGGGGGGAAGGGUCCAAGCAUAUGGGAUACAUAUACUCAUAAACAUCCAGAGAGAAUAGCAGAUGGAAGUAAUGGAGACGUGGCGGUUGACUUCUACCAUCGUUAUAAGGGUGAUGUGCAAUUAAUGAAGGAAAUGGGCAUAGAUGCUUUUAGAUUCUCAAUUGCAUGGCCUAGGAUAAUACCUAGCGGAAAGCAAAGUGAUGGUGUUAACCAACAAGGCAUCGAUUUUUAUAACAACCUCAUUAACGAAAUCCUCGCUAAUGGUUUAAAACCGUAUGUGACUUUGUUCCAUUGGGAUGUUCCUCAAGCCCUUGAAGAUGAAUACGGCGGUUUCUUGAGCCCUAAGAUUGUGGAUGACUAUCUAGACUUCAUAAAUAUUUGCUUCAAGGAAUUUGGAGAUAGAGUAAAACAUUGGUUUACUUUGAAUGAACCACGAACUUUCAGCUUUGGCGGUUACACCAAUGGAAUGCUCGCUCCGGGUCGUUGUUCUUCGUGGACUCAAUUAAAUUGUUCGGGUGGAGAUUCUGGAACCGAGCCUUAUUUGGUUUCACACAAUCUACUUCUAGCUCAUGCAUCGGGAAUAAAAUUAUAUAGAGAUAAAUAUCAGAAAUAUCAAAAUGGAAAGAUUGGAAUAACACUCGAGAGUCAAUGGGCAGUGCCAUUUUCCAAGACGAAGUUAGACCUCGAGGCUGCAUUCCGAUCAAUUGAUUUCGAGUUCGGAUGGUUUAUGGAUCCAAUAACGAACGGGGAUUAUCCACACUCUAUGCGUCUUCUUGUUGGAGAUAGACUUCCAAAGUUCACGAAAGAACAAUCUAAGAUGCUCAAAGGAUCGUUCGAUUUCCUUGGAUUGAACUAUUAUACGACAAAUUACGCUUCUUAUGCACCUGAUCAAUCUAAUAAUGUGAAUAUUAGUUAUCUUACCGAUUCUCAAGUAAAUUUAACUACUAGUCGAGACGGAAAACUCAUUGGCUCUCCGGCUGCAUCUAGUUGGCUCUUUGUAUAUCCAAAAGGCAUAUGGGAUAUGAUUUUGUACAUUAAGAAAAAAUAUAACAAUCCGGUUAUGUACAUCACUGAAAAUGGAAUGGACGAUCCAAAUAAUGCCACACUUCCGCUCGAACAAGCUCUAGACGACACCAAGAGGAUUGCCUUCUAUAGUAGUCAUCUUUUCUAUGUAAAGAAAGCGAUUGAAGAUGGUGCAAAUGUGAAGGGAUUCUUUGCAUGGUCGUUAUUCGAUGACUUCGAAUGGAACUCAGGUUAUACAAUUCGAUUUGGGCUAUAUUUCGUGGACUUCAAAAACGGAUUGAAAAGAUAUCCGAAACAUUCAGCCUUAUGGUUUAAGAAAUUUCUUGAGUGAUUAAAAGUACAAAUUAUGAAUAAAUAAAUUAAUGGGAAGGGAAGAUGGUGAUGUACAAUAUUCUUUCAUUGACCAUGUCUUUAAGUGUGUGUUGAUAAUUUAUUAAACAUGUAACAAAGUGAAUAA